GCUUGGGUUUCCACAAUGUUUCCUGUGCUCCAGCCAGUGUCUGGAUGUAGUUUAUUUGACCCGGGCAUUCAUUGGGAAUAUUUGUUGUGGUGUUAGAUUGGAGUGCAAAGGAGGAUUCCGCAAAGGCAAGCCUUGUCGGAGAUAUCGGUGCAGCUGUGUCUCUGUGUGUCCCGGGGAACGAGAGGAGGAGACAGGUCUAUACUGAGUUCCCAUCUUCAGGGGAUCCUCUGAGGAUCCACAGCUUGCAGCUUGCGUGAGCCAAGGCGUGGCGCAGAAUGGCUAGAGAACCACAGGCGAGCGCAGCCCAAAUCGCUCCAUCGGCAGAAGAGGGGGGUGGGCUUCUGGUGGUGAAGGUGGAACAGGAAGAGGUCUCCUCCUUGGCAGAGGAGACCAGUUGUCUGGGCCUCCCUGCAUCCGACCACUCCCGCCAGCGCUUCCGCGCUUUCCGCUACCCAGAGGUUGCUGGACCCCGGCAGGCGCUGAGCCGGCUCCGAGAGCUCUGCAGACAGUGGCUGCGGCCAGAUAUGCACAGCAAAGAGCAGAUUCUGGAGCUGCUGGUGCUGGAGCAGUUCCUGACCAUCCUGCCAGGGGAGCUGCAGGCCUGGGUGCGCGAGCAGCACCCCGACAGCGGGGAGGAGGUGGUGGCGCUGUUGGAGUACUUGGAGAGGCAGCUGGACGAGACGCCUCCACAGGUCCCAAAUGGUGAAUGGAGUGGAGAACGUCUCUGCUGCAAGGGGACAUUGUUGAAGCCACCCCAGAACUCACAAAGUAGCCACUCCCAGCCAAUGAAGAGUCUGCUCAAGCAUUCAUCUCAGGAAUCUUCAGAGUGUUCACCCUUACAAACAAGAGGUCUGGAAAUGAAGACUGAAACCAGGGGCUUGCCUCCAGCUGAGGAGUACACAGAACAAAAGCCCGAGCAGCCAGUGAGCAUCCUGGCUGGAGACACUGUUCAGUUUCCUGCAGGGGCAGAAGCCCGUGAGCAGGAAGGCAAGUUACAGGCAACACAGAAGAACGCCGUCAGGAACAGGCGACACUAUUGCCAUGAAUGUGGGAAGAGUUUUGCUCAAAGCUCAGGCCUGACCAAACACAAGAGAAUCCACACUGGAGAGAAGCCCUACGAGUGCGAAGACUGUGGGAAGACCUUCAUUGGCAGUUCAGCCCUUGUCAUUCACCAGCGGGUGCACACUGGGGAGAAGCCCUACGAGUGCGAAGAAUGCGGCAAGGUCUUCAGCCACAGCUCAAACCUCAUCAAGCACCAGCGAAUCCACACCGGGGAAAAGCCCUACGAGUGUGAUGACUGUGGGAAGACCUUCACCCAGAGCUGCAGCCUCCUUGAGCAUCACAAAAUUCACACCGGGGAGAAGCCUUUCCAGUGCAACUUGUGUGGCAAAGCCUUUAGGCGGAGCUCACAUCUCCUGAGACAUCAGAGGAUCCAUGGGGAUAAAACUGCUCACAGGUCUUUGCGUGGAGAGGCUUGGAAAGGUCAGAGUAGGAGGGAAAGCCAGUGGGAUGGUACUGAACCUCCCGUGAUUCACCAGUGCAAUGAGUGCGAGAGAAGCUUCAUUCAGAAGCGAAGUCUUAUCGAACAUAAAAAAAUCCACACUGGCGAGAAGCCCUACCAGUGUAACUCAUGUGGGAAAGGCUUUACCCGAACUUCAUACCUUGUUCAACAUCAGAGAAGCCACGUGGGGAAAAAGAUUGCAUCACAGUGACCUGUACCAUACCUGCCAGAGUUGGUACUCACUUGCCAGCGAGCUGAAGGCUCUCUGGAGCCCUUACUGACUGCAGAAGGAGGGAUGUUACCAAUACGCACCGGCUCGUGUUAGAUGUUAUAAUCUGGCUGAGGUGAAUUAUAUUUUCUGUUCUAAAAGUAAUUAGAAUAAGACUCGCUAAUAAGGAGAUAUGGGAGCGUUCUCUGGAUGAGGGGCCACUGAAGUCUCUUGUUCCCACUCUGUGGAUCUACAAGGUCUUCCAGAACAGGUGCCCUUAGCCAGCACAUUUUACUCCUGGGUGGAUGGCUCCAGAUAUUGGGUCAUAUUCUUCGUAUGAAAACUUGGCCUUUACCUUAGGCUUGUUUCCUACUAGCUCUUGUAACAACCUAUAUUUUUUAAUAUACAGUCUGCUGUGUAGGUCAGUUACCUCUCCUUGGUAUGGUCUGGUGUGGUCCCAGUCUGCAGGCCAAAUCUAUGCACCUGGAUUUUUCCUCCUUUUCUCUCUCCCUGGAAAUCCUGCCUAUCCUCUCCUGCUUACCUAUUGGCCAUUCAGCUCCUUAAGAAAAUCAAUGAGAAGGCGCCUUGGCAAAGUCAUAUCUUCACAGUGUACAAAAAGAUUAUCCCACAACAUGAACUAAAUCGUUCAUUUUUCUGUCUCCUAUUUGAGUAAGAAAUUGGUUAUGGUAUUUUUCCCUAUUCAGGUAGAAUGGUAAAACCUUUCAGUGAGUGGCCCUUCUAAAUUCCUUCUUUUUCCCAUUUAAAAUUGUUUUCUAGUGCUGGGAUUUAGCCCAGGAACUUACGUAUCUGACGUGCUCUACCACUGAGCUGUCCUCAUGCCUCUUUUUGCUUUUUAUUUUGAGAUUGGACCACACUUCUUACCAAGUUGGCCAGCAGGCCUUGAAUUGACUCUAUAGCCCAUGCUGGCCUUGAACUCACUUUGUACCUCAGGUUGGCCUUGAACUAUGCACCUUCCUCAACCUCUGUAGCUGGAAUUGUACCUUGAAUUGAUAUCACCAGGCCCAGCUAGAUUUCUUCUUUACCUUGGCAAGGAAUGGGUAUUACUGUAAAAGGUUUUCUCUGCCUCUUCCUUUACUGGAAAAUAGAAAUAGCGUUCAUAACUUACCUCUUAAGAUUGUGAGCAUAUGCUUAUAUGAGCAAGAAGUGUUAAGUGAAUACUCUGGAAAUGCAUACUGGAGAUUAAACAUUUUGUCAUCUAAAA